UGUGCGCAGUCCCACCGAGGAGAACAAUUAACGCACGCACGUUUACGUCAACAUGUCCGCGCUGAGUGAUUAAAUCACCAUGCCACAACGCUUUUAAGGCUUCUCAGCACACCAAAAUAAUCAUUUAUGCUCCUUAUCUAGGAUGCGCGCGUCUUCUUGAACCGCCUAUUUUUGAUACAUUUCUCCUUUAAUUUUUCCGAGCUGGCUUUCUCUGGCUCAUUUAAGCGUUCGUGGCUUCUCUAGUGCGUUUGAUGCCACGGCAAUGGGACUUUGCCAAGGAGAGAACGUGUCCGCGCGUUGCCAAAAAAGUUUGCCGUGGAUCGUGCUGGUGCUCUGGCUGUGCGCGCCCGCUGACGGGACCUGGAAGACUGGACUUUACAAAACCAGAGAGCAAGCUGCAGCCUCUCAUACCUCCAUCUAUCAAAAGAGAAACUGGUGUCCUCAUACAGUCACAAGGACAGUGACUUGCCAGGUGCAGAAUGGAACAGUGGUGCAAAGAGUCUACCAGACGUGCCGCUGGCCACAGGGAUGUACUGGCGGCAGCUAUAGGACAGUUGUUAGACCUUCCUACAAAACAGUGUACCGCACUGUGACCUCACUGGAGUGGAAAUGCUGUCCAGGGUUUAGUGGGACUGCCUGUGAAGAAGAUACUGGAAAACACAAGGUGGCUCAGGAGGCAAUAAGAAAACCAUCCACACUGCGUCGCCCAUCUGCACACGGUGGGGAGCCCAAUUCAUACUGCCUCAACUGCAGUCGGAUCACUGCAAUGAAUGAUAGGCUGAAUUCGCUGGAGACUAAGGUCCAAGUACUCACUGCCUUGCCGUCCGUAUCUCAACGCCAACCUCUGUCCAGAGGAAAAGGUACACCUGAGGCUGCCUUAUUGUUGGGCGCAGCUCCUGCUAAAGGGGCUCCGGGUGAACAGGGACCUGCUGGUCCUCAGGGUGAAAGAGGCAACGAUGGUCUUCCAGGCAGAGAUGGGAAAGCAGGAUCUCGAGGCUUGCCAGGUCCCAGUGGACCCCGGGGUGACGCGGGUGCAAGGGGCCCACCUGGAAGUCCUGGUUUGAAGGGAAUCUCAGGACCUGUAGGUCCCCGGGGACCCCCGGGCCUCCCAGGAGAGAGAGGUCUUCCAGGUCCUCCCGGGCCUCCAGGACCACCUGCUCCUUCUAGUGCCCGCAUCCCUGCACCAGACAAUCAAGGAAAGGACCACUUCUUCACCAACACUUUCCAUGAUUCAAGACCAGGACCUCAGGGUCCCCCUGGACCAAUUGGUCCCACCGGUCCAAAAGGACCAGCAGGACCUCCUGGCCCACAGGGGCAGAAUGGUAAACCUGGGAUUCCUGGCGCACAAGGUCCUAUGGGGCCAAAGGGUGAGCGUGGAGAAAGAGGGCCCUCAGGUUACCCGGGAGACAGGGGCUUCAGGGGUGAGCCGGGAUCACCAGGUCCGAAAGGAGAGCCUGGAGAGAAAGGUUUACCGAGCAAUCUAAAUGGGGACGGAAUACAUCAGAUCAGAGAGGCGCUGAAGAUCUUAGCUGAGAGGGUUUUAAUCCUCGAGACUAUGAUCGGUAUUCAUGAACCUGAUCUAGGCUCUGGGGAUGGACCAUUUGGCACAGUCUCCCCUAGUUUCUACAGAGAUAAGCGAGCAGGUGCGCUUCCAUAUCGACUUGCUUCUCCUCUGUCCUCCGACACCAAGGUUCGAGGGAAGUAGCCCUAACCCCAACCCUUUGAGGACUGCAGGCUGGGUUGGCUUACCUUCCUAAAAGUCACAUCGGCACAAAACACUUGAGCGAUAAGCCUUUCUGUGGGGGCAUUCCUGUUAGAUUUAGGUUGUGGGACACCUCAGGGAAACACCAAUGAUACCCCAGCAUGUACUUCAGACAACUUGCUUGACACCCCCUAUCAUCAUAAACACUUCCAGCUGCAGCUCACUGGGCCUGACACGUUUGAAAAAAAGGAAGCUUUUUCACUUGUGGUGCUCCACGGUGCCACACGUCUGGGCAAUAAGGGUUAUUUAGCUUAAGGAAUUUGUAGAGCUGUAACAUAAGAGACUGGAUUUUUUGUUAUUCUUUCUCAAUGUAACAGCAAUGCCUUGAGAACUCAUUAUUUAAGUAUAUUGAGCAUGCACAAUUUUCUGAAUUAAACAGAAAACCUCUUUUAUUGGUUUUAUGAUAUCGCUUAUAUUGUUCAAAUCAGUGUUAUGUAGUGCACUAAAAAGCAGUUGUCACUACUUUAACCAAGACGUGUUACUAUAUGUGUGUUUGAAGUGUUUUACAGGUAAAAUACACAAUGAAAAAGUGAUAUAAGUAUACAACGUAUUUACAUUUGUUGCAUAUCCUAUGAUGCUUGGAUUGUAUUUAAAUUCAACACACAGGAAAUGGCAAAACUGGAACCACUGUUACAGUAUGUUGGUGCUGUCCUAAUAGACGACUUUUUUUUUUUUUUUAAUCAUUGUAAAUCAAACAUUGUGAACGUAUUUAAUAUUGUAAUUGGUAGUUUGUGUUUUUAUGCUGUCAUAUAACCAUUUGCUAUUUUUUUUUUUUUUUUUUUGCAAAUGUUUGUUAAUAUAAUCCUAUCUCCUGAUGAUCGCUGUAAUAAAUG